AUACGGGAUCUGACACUCUUUCUGUGUCUGACAUUCUUCAACAUCUUCGGUUUAUUGUUACUAAUACAUAUCUAUAUACAGCGAAUGGCCUUGUUAAUCAUCAGGACGUGGGUAUUCCCAUGGGUACAAACGCUGCUCCUGAGAUUGCUAACCUUACACUCUAUUGGGAUGAGGCGCAGUACGUGGACGACCUGCAGCGUGUGGAUCCCUCUGCAGCUCGCCGAUAUGUUUUCACUUAUCGGUUCAUUGAUGAUGUUCUUACCUUUGGUUGUCUGCCACCAUCGCCAACCUAUUAUGGUCUUGAAUGGAAGGAGACCACUGCGGCUGAUGGCUCUUGCACUUUUUUAGGUGCGAAACUGAAGACACGAGCAGAUGGAUCUCUCCGAUUGAGUGUGUUUGACAAGACAGUUGCAUGGGAUUUUCCUGUUAUACGAUAUCUUAGUGCAAUGUCAAACAUUCCGUCUCAUCAGCCUGCAAGCGUGUUCACCGUCCAGCGUACGCGGUUUGAGCAGAUUUGUGACAAUUGGCAUGAUUUCAGAACUGCGGCAACCAUGCUUGUCCGCCCCUUCGCUGCAUCAGUGCCAUCAUCUGAGGUGGUCCCCAGAGGCGAGUUCUUACGGUUUAGCAAGAGGGACUCUCUUGCCCUAGAGGCUGCUUUUGAACGGAGGGAGGAGGAGUUGUUGACAGCAUGGUGGAAAGAGUUUGCAGAUUGCAGUGUUGGGCCAACGAUUGGGAUGUCCUCGCCGGUGAACAUACAUCAUGCAGGGUCUUCAGCAGGAUCGACGACCCUUCAUGAUGAUCGGGGUUGGAACUUGGAUGAUGGCCACCUCCGGGAGGACCGAGAGGAUAUAGGAGUCAUUGUCAAGGGAGGCUUGUAUGAAGUUGACUUGCUGCGGCGAAGAUGCUUCGCUGUUUAUUGGGGAGGAGAAGAUCGACGAGUGUUACGAGGCCACUGGUUUGCUUGCAAGGGUGGAACAGAUUGGUUGCCUCUCAGAGAGGAUAUUGCCGAGCAGCUCGAGUUCGCAUAUCGAAGCCAGGUGUGGCGCAGGAGAACAUUUCAACCAUCCGGGCUUUAUGCGGCGCGUGUAGAACUGGCGGGCGCGACUCAGGGGUUGCAUGCCCUGUUUACAGGGGAAUCACAUUCGUGGGAGGCAUGGAUGUGCGUCGAGGCCUUCAGUACGAAGCUUUCAACCGUUUUUGGACUGAGAGGCAGCUCUCCCCCGGGGUAUAAGCUACGGCGUGGCUUUGCUCCACCUGAGAAUCCUCAAGCAUCGCAGGAAGAGAUCAGGCAGCAAAGAGAGGAGGCACUGGAUGAUUACUGUACGCAGGUGCCAGUGAAGCAUUUAGUAUUCAUGGUUCAUGGGAUUGGACAGCGACUGGAGGCGGCGAACGUUGUGGCUGAUGUUUCAAAUUUCAGGCAAACAGCAGCCGCACUGGCAGAGCAACAUCUGUCUCCACACCAAAGGAACUCGCAACGUGUGCUUUUCAUUCCCUGCCAGGAAAAACUGAGACUGAGUUUUGAAGCCCUUCGACGUAGGGUGAGGGAGGAGAAGCUAGCGAGGGUGUGCCUCCUUGCCGGAGCUCGUGAAAAACUGAGGCAUAACCUUGAGAAAAUCAAGGAUCUGGAACAGAGGCUGAGUGAAGAGGAAGAAGCAAAGGCAUCUGUGCAGACUGAACUUCUGACGAAGCUGGAACAGUGUCAGAUGGAAGUGGAAACUCUGCGACACAGGCUGGGAAAGGAGGAGCAAGCAGAGGCAUCCCUCCGGACAUCCCAUGAGCAGCAUGAGGGUCUCGCGGAAGUUGCUAGGGCUCUAGGACUGGCUGUGACCGAAGAGGAGGGAGCUGAUGAGUCCGUUCACGGAAACCUUUGGUGGGGGAAUCUAAGGCAGGCUCUUGUUCAAGUGAAGGGCGUUCGGCUCAGCCUGGACAAGGCAAAGAAACAGCAGAUGCCACCCGGUCCGUUCAGGCAACCGCAGAAGGUUGGUGCUCUAGGAUCAUCACCGAGCAAGCAGGAGAAAGAAAAGAUGCCCCUCAGAAGGGACGUGACGAAUAUGUGUCUCGAGAAUGUUCACGUGGAUGUUCGGGAGAAGCGGAAGUGGAGUGUCCAUGAAGUAGAGGCUUCACAGCAUGAGAUUAGUGAGGACGAGGUGGCUAGAGUCCAUCUUCAGGCUGAGCUUGAGGAACUCGGACAGAAGAAUGUGAAUGAAGUAGAGGCUUUGUGGCGGCAGCUUAGUGAGGAUGAGAAAAGAGCUAGGGUCCAUCUUCCGGUUGAACUUCAGGAAAUCAGCGAGAAGGUCAACCCGAAGGAAGUAGAGGCUUUCCGGUGGCAGCGUAGUGAAGAGGAGAAAGCCAGGGUACAUCUGCAGGUUGACCUUGAGGAAAUCAGACAGAAUAAUCUCAAGGAAGUAGAGGCUUUGCGGCAACAGCUUAGUGAGGACCAGGAAGCAAAGGCGCAUCUUCAGGCUUCCGCCAAAGAAGUCAAGCAGAGGAAUCUCAAAGAAGUGCAGACUCUGCAAGUCAGGGUGCGUGAUGAGGAGCAAGCAAAGGAGUUGCUUCACGUUGACCUGAUGCAGUGUCGCAAAGAGGUUGAGGCCUUGCACUGUAGACUUAGCGAGGAGGAGCGAGCGAAGACAGUGCUGCGCACGGAGUGCGAAAAGAAGCAGAAAGAACUGAUGGAAGCCAUGGAAGCUAUGAGACUGAGGUUAACUGAGGAGGAGAAGGCCCACAAGUCUCUUCAACAGACCCUGCAGGAGGAAGCUAAGGCUCUGCAAGUGCGGGUGCGAGAUGAGGAGCGAUCAAAUGAGUCCGGUCACGUAGACCUGGUGCAGUGUCGCAAAGAAGUUGAGGCCUUACAGUAUAGACUGAGCGAGGAGGAGCGAGCGAAGACGUUGCUGCUCGUGGAGUGUGACAAAAAGAAGAAAGAACUGACGGAAGCCGUGGAAGCUCUGAGUCUGAGAUUAACUGAGGAGGAAAGGGCCAAGGAGUCUUGCCUGCAGGCGGUGAGGAAUGAAGUUGAGACUUUGCGAGCCAGGGUGCAAGAUGAGGAUCAAGCGAACGCAUCCCUUCGGAUGGACCUGAUGCAGAGUCGCAAAGAGGUUGAGGCCUUGCACUGCAGACUGAACGAGGAGGAGCAAGCGAAGACGGUGCUGCUGAUGGACUGCGACAAACGACAGGAACACCUGAUGGAAGCCCUUGAAGCUGUGAGAUGGAGGUUAACCGAGGAGGAGAAGGCCAAGGAAUCUCUUCGCCAGGCCCUGGAGAAGGAAGUGGAGACUCUUCAAGUCCAAGCGCGUGACGAGGAGCAAGCAAAGGUGUCCCUUCACGUUGACCUGAUGCAGUGUCGCAAAGAUGUUGAGGCCUUACACUGUAGACUGAGGGAGGAGCAGCAAGCAAAGACGGUGCUGCUCAUGGAGUGCGACAAAAAGUGGAAAGAGCUGACAGAAGCCAUGGAAGCUGUCAGCCAGAGGUCAGCUGAGCAAGUGCAGGCACAGGAAUCCCUUCAGCAGACACUCCGGGCGGAACUUGAGACUCUGCAAGUCAGAGUGCGUGAUGAGGAGCAAGCAAAGGUGUCCCUUCACGUUGACCUGAUGCAGUGUCGCAAAGAAGUCGAGGCCUUGCACUGUAGACUGAGCAGGGAGGAGCGAGCGAAGACGUUGCUGCUCACGGAGUGUGACAAAAGGCAGAAAGAACUGACGGAAGCUGUGGAAGCUGUGAGACUGAGGUUAACGGAGGAGAUGCAAGCCAAGGGAUCUCUCUUGCAGAUGGUCCAGAAGACAGAGCAGGAGAAGGAACACUUACGCAGAGAACUUGAGGGCUGGAUGCUGAAGUAUCAAUUGUCCUCUAAAUGCUUGAACGAGCAAGACAAACGUAUAAUGCUUUUGUUGGUGGUGAUAUGGGUUGAGGAAGCAUGUCACCGGAAGAGGCAAGGCGAUAUGGAUAAAGCGAGAGCGGACCUGGAAGAUCAGCUAGGAUCUCUGCGCAAGGAGUUGGAAGUGUGGAUAGACAAGGGAAUGGUUUUGGAGGAGGAGCUCUUCAAGAGCGAGCAAGCUAUCAUUGAAAUGCAGGCUAUGGUGGGGGAUCGGGAGGAUGCUCUCUCAAGGGCGAAAUGCCUAUUAGAAGAACAGAAUGCUGCCAGGGCAGAGGUGGACCAGCAAUUGCACAUCCAGGUGAAAGCUGUGGAAGAGAUGAAAGAUCAGCUGCGAGAGAGGGAUGGAGCGAUUGCAGAUCUUCAGUGCAUAAGGGAUGUGAUGACCAGCUGUCAGCAGCUCCUGUCCAACAAAUUGGAAUCGAGUCAGAGCGAGAUCAAGUCGCUCCAAUUCAGACUGGAGGAAGAGGAGCGAGAGAAAGCUCCGCUGCAAAUGGAGCUCGAGAAGAAGGAGAGGGAGGGGCAGGCUCUCAGCGUACGACUGGAUGAGGAGGGCAAAAAGAUAAAGGAGAAGCAGACACAAGCUCUCCAAGUGAGGUUGGAUCAAGAGGAACGUGACAAAGUGUCACUGGAAAAGGUAGUAGAGGAGAUGGACGUGAAGAUGGAGGAGAAGGAAGUGGAGACAGCGGCCCUUCGAGUCAGAUUGAAUGAGGAGCAAAAAGAGCGAGCAUCGCUGCAGGUAGAGCUCAGGAGAAAGGAGAGGGAGAGGGAGACGCUUGGUGUAAAGCUGCACCAGGACGAGAAAGAGAUUGCAUCGCUGAAGGUGAAGCUCGAGGAUGAUGAGAGGGAGAGGGAGGGUCUCCACGUCCGAUUGUGUCAGGAGGAGAGGAAGAUAGAGGUCCUUAAACAGGAUGUAGAGAACAAGAGCAAGGAGAAACAUUUUCUCCUCGACAAGGUUCACUGUUGGCGUCAGGGACUAAGAUGCUUGUUGAACGAAAUGCGGGAGCAAGAUGAUAAGCUUGCAAUCCAGAUUGCGGAGAUGGAAGAACGAGCGGAGGAUCUGAAAUGUAGCGAGAAAAAUAGUGAAGAAGGCUCAGAAGAGGUAGCAAGAUCAGAGAGAAAGAAUGGCGAGGAUUUAUCAAAGGCUGCUGCAGUGUCUUUAGUCAUGGAGGGACAAACAACGCCUGAGAAGGAGGCCAUUCAUGAUUGUGCUACAAAAGAAAGUCAAGAAAGCAUAUUCUCAGCUAUUGAGACCGCAGUUCUUGAGGUGGACAUGGUGAUAGAUGAUAUAGACCAUCAACUGCAGGAACAUUACCGAAUAGCAAGGGUUCUUCGAUCUCCUCGCCUUAAGCAUCAGGAAUCUGUGGUCGUUGUGCGGCCUCAGCUGCAGCAAGAGGACCCAGCAACUGCGGUGCUCCAAGAAGUACGUGAAGCGCAAAAUGAUACCAUGGAAUUGCAUCCACUGGUACCCCUAUCCAUAAUACCCUUACAACUGGAUGGAGAAGAAGAAGAAAAAAAAGACAUUGACAGCCCGAUGGGUUUUACUGCGAUGUCAAAUUACCAAUCUCCUGCGUCCGUCUUUAGUUAUCGGAAACUAGAUGCUUUCGAUAUUAGAAUUGUCGAGAGUCCAUAUUUUGUUAACCAAUUGGAUAAUCCUGAGCGAGGUGAUCACUGUGAUGUUGAUCGUAGUGGUGAUGAUGAUGGUCCUGACGGUGGUGAUGACAUUGGGGGUGAUGAGGACGGCGGCAGUGGUCAUGCGUCAGUCCACCGGAAGUGCCUAGAGAGAGGGAGAGAAGUGACAAUUGCAGAGCGAAUCCACUCUAUGGAGAGUGAGUUUGGGAAGUGCGUUAUAAGAUUAGAGUCAGCACUGAGAAACAUGCGUGUGAAGUUAGUGAGAAAGUUUGCAGCAAUGGAGUUCCCCUCUGGUGAUGAGCGUUCUGACGGGGAAGCAGUGGCUCGUGGGAGUCUGACGAGAGAGAGAGAGGACAAAAGCAGAGACAAGUGUAGGAGGAGGGUGGUGGAAGAAGUAGAGGAGGAAGAGAGAGGUGUCGAUGGGAGGGAUGACAUCCUGUUAGUCGCCGGAAAUGUGCUGCAAUCGAGGUCACCUGAUGGAAAACUGCAAGCACAGGGUGAGAUGAACCAGCGGGUCUUGCAGCAGCAGACUGGUCUGGAGACGGAGCCGCUCGAGAGAGGGUUCGAGACGGACAUGGCAGUGACUGCCAAGGGUGUUGAUAUAGGAGUUGAGGUGGAGCUAGGGAGGUCAUGUCUUACCGAUCAGCGAGAGUCGGACCUUGAGAGGAGAACUGUUACUGAAACAGAUACAAGAUUUGUGGCAGCGCGGUGGAAGUCGGACAAGAUGGACGAUGAGCAAGUCGCAGACGACGAAAGGGUUGCCAUUGACAAAAGAACUGCAGACGGCAAAACUAAAUGUGCAGACCAUGAUGGAAUCACAGACACCGAAAGAAGAACUGGUCAAUGUUUGAGCUUCGAAAUGGAGGAGACUGAGAGAGUGGAGAGGAGAGUGUUGCAGACGUUUCUUGAACAUAGUGAGAAUGCAGUAAUGACAGCAGAACAACAACUGGUAGCCAUAGAGUCAGAGACGAGGGGAUGGAUGGCUACGAUAGAAGGAAGGCUGGACGAGGUGGACUCCGCUGCAAGGGAUGUAGUUGCGUCGGCAGAAGAAAUAGCAUCCCGAUGCAGUGCAGUGCUGAUGACAGAGAGACAGUUGGGAAUGCUAAAGUCGAUGGUGGGGAUCGAAAGUGGGCAAUGUACGACGGAGGAGAGGGUGGCGACGAUGGAGAUUCAGCCUGAGGAGAAAAGGAUGGCUGAGCAGAAACAAUCGUCGCCAUUAAUGGCUGAGAGGUGGAAGGGCAAACCAGCGACUUCUCAAUGCGAGGCAACAGCCAGGGGAUGGGGAGACAUUGCUGACCUCCAGCUCAAGAUGGAAAAGUGGACCAUGUUCCAAGGUCCUGUAGAGAUGAGAAGUCAGAGGUAUCUGCGAGAGUCUAAUGAAGAACGAGAAGGACAUGCGGAGGGAGCAAGUGGAAGUACAAACCCGUCUUGCCACGAUCAUCAAGACAUCAGUCAUGACGACCUGGCGAUCAGCAGCGCAAACAAUCCUGCUGAACGGAAUGACGUUGACAGGACGGAAGGCCAUUGCACUAGAUCGCUCCACUUAAAUGACACUGAGAAUCUUGCCCUCAUGAAUGUUGGUGGAUGCAUCAGAGGACGUAAUGAGAAGCACGAGGAGGAGGAAAAGAAGGACAAGGAGCCAGAGGAGGGCUGUCUACAAGUCGAUGCUCGUCUGUGGGACUCUCAUGAUGUCCCAUCGUCCGUGGGGUUGACUGAUGUCACGGCUGUGACGAGAGAAGAAGAGGGACUUCAGCUUGGCACUACAGCCACAGUGAGCAGAGACUCACUGGCAGGUCCUCUCCUCCCUCAUUGUCCUCCACCCCCUGUUGAUUGUAGCUUGCAGAGCUUUCCCACAAGUGGCUGCACACCUGGCAGUGUGCUCAAGACUGCCGUUUUGGAGGAUAGGGAGGAGAGAGGGAACGAACAUCGAACAGUGAAGGGUGCAGGGAAUAUGUUGCCACAUGUUCAUCACUCGGCACAUGCCCUAGAGCAGCAAUCACAAUCACCACUCCCCCAUUUUGAGGGAAAUGCAUUCUUGAGAAUGUCCUACAGAACGGAUGUGGAGGGGCAAUGCGGAACCAGCCAUUGUUCCAGAGAGCGGCUGUUGGGACUGCGCUAUGGACGAGGCGACACUCAAAAGGAGCAGAUGCUCUCAUGGCAGAAAGAGAGGGCGAUGCUGCAGCCACGGAUUAUGGAGUUGGAGAAGAGCGUGAGAAGUCUUCACGGAGCGCUGACGGCUGAGGAGCGAUGCAGAAUCGCAGAAUGCACACGGCUGAAGAAGUUGUGUGAACAGACUGUGCAGCGCAUGGAAGCAGAGGGUGCCACUUGGCACCGCAAGUGUCAGUCCUUUCUAGCAGACAUGAAGAAGGUCGGAAAGCGGAACAAGCUGUUAGUUGACAAUCUGUGCAAGUCAGAGAGAGAAGUGGACAUACUCGCUGAUGCAAAUGACCACCUGCUCGAUUUGCUGACACUGGUGAAUGAAGGGUUUCAAUUCUAUGCGCCAUGGCUCAACCGGAUGCCAGGCAUGAAGGUCCUUGCCAGGCGCGUCAGGGAAGCUGUGCUGGAGUACUGUACUGAGGAGGAGAACAUGGGCACCUGGAGAAAAAGCCUGGUUUUGGGAGGGGAGGAGAUGGUGAAGGCCAUCACAAUUGACGGGGUGAAGGCGUUGCGGCAGAUCAUCAAUGCGACAGUGCAUGAUGUGCUCUUUUAUAUGAGCACAGUCUACUGCCAAGACAUCAUAGACUCGGUCACAUCCUCCCUCAACAACCUGUAUAGAAAGUUCAUCCGGCGCAACCCCGACUUCGAUGGAAAGGUUUCAAUAUAUGGCCAUUCUUUGGGAAGUGUACUUAGUUACGAUAUUCUGUGUCAUCAAGUCGGCUCUGAAGCACCGCCAGCAGCAUUGAGAAUACCACAAGAAAUUUGUCGAACUGCAGAGGAGGGAGGAUCGUUGUCUGGAAACGUAUGUGCCAACGAUGGUGGUUGUCAGCAGAGAGAAGAAGAGGAAGACGAAGCAAGGGGGGUGGAGGUUUUGGGUGCAGAAGGGACCGAGGGCUUGAAGGCGGCAACAUCGGAGGAUCAUGAGGACGAGGUUGAAGCAAGCCAGGAGAUACGAAGCGACGAGCGGGCUUUUGCGUUAUCCGGAGCACGCCAGAGCAGUACAGAUCCAUAUGGGGGCCCAGAUUUUGCUGCUGAAGAAGGACAACCAAAUGCAGCACAAUACUCUGAUGGGAGUGCUGAAGAGAUUGCCAGACUAAGAUCCGAGGUGGCUGCCUUGAAGGCCAAGCUGGCAACCCUUGAGAAAGCGAUGGCGCAUGAGGACUCGGAGAAGCAGGGAUGCCUCAGUUCUCCGAGGGAAGCGGAUGCGGAAAGUUUCAAAGGGAAAGAGCACCCACCCGAUCAGAUGGUGGGUACAUACGGCGGUGAAAGCGGGAUGCGGCCGGCAGGUGUCGAGGUCGAUAAAGGUGCAUCGGAGAAGACAGUGGGGGUACAGGAGCAAGGUAAGUCGCCAGAGAUAGGGGAAGGGUUGCGGAUUUAUGGCGGCCAGGUAGCAGAAGCUAUGAAGCCAUGUACGUCGGCGAAAGGGUUGACAUCGGUCACCGGAGCGUGGGAGAAGGUAUCUCAAGGUGGGACAAAUGGAACACCAGAAGACCUGAAGAGGAAUGAGGCGCAAGAGCAUCUGCGUGACCACGCGUCAGCUGAUACCACCGACGAGGCCGGAGGGUAUGAAACAGUAGCGACUCCCGAGGUUCUCGAAGUCUUGCCAGGCGAAUCAAACAACUUUGCACAGCAGCAAGUUGCGGCUCGGCAUGAGGAAAGAGCAUGGGACGAAGAUCCCCAAGGCGUAAGGCAUGGGGAGGAGGACGAUAAAGAGGUGAAAGAGGAGGAGAAAGAGGAGGAGAAAGCGGAGGAGAAAGAGGAGGAGAAAGAGGAGGAGAAAGAGAAGGAGAAAGAGGAGGAGAAAGAGGAGAAGAAAGAGGAGGAGAAAGAGGGAGAUAGAGAGGAAGCUACAGAGGAGGAUAAAGAGGAGGAGAAAGAGGAGGAGAAAGAGGAGGAUAAAGAGGAGGAUAAAGAGGAUAUGGUGCGAUCUAAAGAGGAGGAUAAAGAGGAGGAUAAAGAGGAGGAUAAAGAGGAUAUGGUGCGAUCAAUCCCUAGCGCUGACCAGUUUUCCAUUCCAGCUGCUUGUGCGUCUAUUUCGGGAGAGAAGAGAGCUGUGUCAGACGAUUGGAGUUCCGCCCACCCAGAACCGUACAGCCCUUCAUGUAGCAACUCCGUAGCUGAGCUUGGGAAUGAACUCUUCCGGGGUAAGGCAAAAUGGGAGGAGAGAAGCUUUCCUCAAGUUUCAGGUUUGCUACAGGACAUGGGUCAGAAGCAUGGUGGAGGUGGUUGUGACGGGCCGGAACGCCGCGAUCAAGAGAGUGCAAGGGUCGACAGGAUGAACACGAAGCGAGGUAGGAAGGAACAUGAACUGGAUGCCAGUGAUCGGGAAACGGAGUCUUUUUUGUCAUCAGAAGAGGAAGAAGCAUUCAGAGAAAGAGACGAUGACGAUGUUAUGCGGAGGGAUAACCGGCGUGAGAAUGUACGAAGGGCAGGCACCCUGAGGCCAAAGCGUCAGCAUGCGCCACGAGUCGCGUACUCUAAACUCGAUUUCGAAGUUGACACAUUCUUUGCAGUUGGAUCCCCACUUGGCCUUUUUCUGGCCUUAAGAAACAUACGCCUUGGUACAGGUGUAAUCGAGCCAUUGGUUUCUCGUGAAUAUGUGAAGCGGCGCCCGGUACAUGUACCUUACCACAAAGGAGGAAAGAGGUUGCACAUAGGCAUGCAGGAAUUCGGAGAGAAUGUGGCGACGAAGAGUGCGGAGCUGGGACACAAGAUCUGGAGUUCUGUGUCGACAAUGGGGGCAAAGGCGUACGGAGCACUUGUGUCCUCCCCCGACGCAGAAGAAAAAAGGCAAGAUAAACAAUCGCGCGGCCGUGAGAAAUUGGAGGUCGACGACUAUAGUGAGCAAGUGAUGGAAAGAUUGACAGGCAGCAGGGAUGGCCGCAUUGAUUACAUGCUUCAGGACGCCACGUUCGAGCACCAGUACAUUGCUGCCAUAAGUUCCCAUACGUCCUAUUGGGGAGAUCAGGACACAGCAUUGUUCAUUGUGAGGCAUCUGUACCGGCACAUCGGCAACGAAGGCGAGGAUAACACGGCAGCAAGGCAACAACGGGAAACGGGAGGGAGGCAAAUGAGCAGAGGAAGAAGCAGAAAAAGAGAGACAGGUGAGGGCAUUGCAUCACCCGUCGCAUCUGAAGCGCAACGGGGUGAAGAGGAUGUGCACGGUGUGGCAACGACAGCCCAUCCAGUUUCAGCGGAUGUGGAUCUUGCAGGAGGGCACGCUAGGGAGGAGGAGGAGACGGCAGGAAUGCCCGACGGAAGAAGAACCUCCAUAGCCGUGGCAGCUUCGGUUGGCCUAGAUGUGCUGGAGUUUUCGACUUGCACUCAAAAGGAAAUGGCAACGAUCCUCCUGAGUAUGCCAGUGCUUGUGAUCGCAUUCCGCAAUGCGCUUCCGAUUGUGAUCGUAUCCGGUAAUGUGAUUGCAAUUGUGACCGCAUUCGGUAAUAAUGCAAUUAUGAUUGCAUCCGGUAAUGUGAUUGUGAUUCGGAUCGCUGUCGAUAAGGCAAUUGCCGAUUCUGAUCGCAUUCGGUAGUGCCGUUGCGAUUGUGAUCGCAUUUGAUAAUGCGAUUGCGAUUGUGAUCGCAUUCGGUAGGGAGGUGAGUGGGCUUGUGAUUGCAUUGAGACAUGAUAAGGGUUGUUUUACGGACCCAUUCAUGACCCCUCUAAAAGGGUAGUGGACCCUUGUAGACCCUUAAUAGACCCACUCAUAGCGGAACGGGGCUGAGGCUAACGGAAGGUUGUGUUUACGGCAGAUAGCCAGGUUGGUGCCUUAACUCAUCCUGAACUCGUCAUGCUUAACUCACGCUCAACUCGUGCUUAACUCAUCGUCAACACAUGCGUAAACCACUGCAGUACUUCCUAAAGUCGUGCCCGUUAACAAGCCACGAUUUUAGGAAAUGUACUGGUCGCUACAGCAGGAGCGCCCAAAUUCAUCCGACUACGAACGUUUCUACUCUAUUUUUUCCACGGCCGAUAGCUGGGCCAAGUACUGGUGGUUCAAAACCCAUUUUUUAAUUGACUAACGCUCAGCUCAGCUCAUUCUUAACUCGUUCUUUGCUAACUAACGUGUGUAACACGUGCUUAAGUCAUCUUCAACUCAUUCUUACCUCGUCCAUAUGUUUAAGUCAUGCUGAACGCAUCCUUAAAAGUUGGUUUAUUUUAUACAUUUCAUCUUUGAAAGUUCUCUCGCAACACUUGGACACGAAGAAGAUAAUCUUCGUGAGCUGUGAGAAUCCGUCUCUCUACACGCCUGUAAAAGACCUCUAGCUCUCUACCUCUACCUCUCUACCUCCUCUCCCUCCACCUCUCUACCUCUCUACCUCCUCUCCCUCCACCUCUCUACCUCUCUACCUCCUCUCCCUCCACCUCUCUACCUCUACCUCUCUACCUCUCUACCUCUACUGCAUGGUGUUGGUCAUCCGAAGCAUUGUUGCUGGACGUACCUACGUAUUUGUGGUCGUGCUUUUCGUAUUUUGCGAUAAGGGUGGCAGCGGCGUAGCGCCCUCGCAUUAGCGUGUGAAACUGGAUUCAAACUCUUGAUCUUGUGUUUGGGAACAGUUACAUCAUGUGUGUAGCCUUCAGCCACAUGGGCUGGGGAGUCGUCGUGCUUUUGUCGAUAGACUCUUUAUUAUUUGUUCUGCAUCCUUUUUUGUUUGAUAUUUCCAAUUGAAGAAAGUUUUUGAUGGGUUCGGGGGUUUGGGGGUAACGAAACUUAAAUGCACGGAAGUCGGACGGAAAACGGAGCGCUUCAGCGGAACCUUCAGCGCAACACUUCAACGAGAAGCGCUGAGGUCUGCAAGAGAAUCGCUGCUACAGCUGCGCUCAUGUGAAUUUGGUCACAGUUCUUGCUACCCGAUUCAUCUUCUGCCGUCUGGGCUGCUCAGCAUUUUUAAUUUGACGAGUCUCGGCUUUUCCCCGAUUCAUUCUUGAAUGAGGAGGUCUUGGACGGUGUAGGCACCCCGUCAUCAUUUUUCCGCUGGUUGUGACUUUUUUUGUUUUAAGUUCUUUUUUGUACAUAAAGGUUGCAUGCCCACGUGUGCUCAGUGACGGCUAUAUUACAGU